GGGCUGGCUGCUGUGUCCCAUUGGCUGUUACUUUCCACACUCCCCAAGACUUUAUCACGCCCACCGCAACAGAAGACUCUGCUCAGCCGCACACAAGGUCAUUUGAAUCUGUGUAAGGCAAAGCUGACUCCCAACUGACAACCUCAUACGACAAAAGAGAAAUGCUGGUCAAAGUCGGUCUCGGGGCUGCAGCUGGCCUAGUUGCCACCGUUGGGAUCCCGGCAGCAGUGGGAAUGCUGGGUUUCAAAGCAGCAGGAAUUGCAGCUGGAUCUACAGCUGCAAAGAUAAUGUCAACUGCUGCCAUCGCAAACGGCGGAGGAGUAGCUGCUGGUGGUGCUAUGGCCACUUUGCAGUCAAUUGGUGCGGCAGGUCUGUCAGUUGCUACAAAAACUGCGAUAACAGUUGGAGGGGCACUUCUGCGGGCCAUUCCAAAAUGAAGUGAGCAAAGGGAGCAGGUCUCUAUGCCUUCUUGUAAGAUGGAGCCUGGACCCCUUCCUACUAGCUACACAGAAACAAUCAAUGCUUGAUUUGCCUUAGGAAUGAUCUCAAGACGCACCCUGCUGAAGUCCCUUCUCUCCCAUGCCUUCAUCAUACAGAAACCAAAUAAAGCUUUGAUGGGACCUUGA